GCCACUUUGAUGCAGACACUGCCUUGAUAUCUUCCUGCCUUGUAUCUAUUGCCCGCGCACUCCGCAAACAGCUUUGUCAUCUUCUUCACCAAAUGUUUUCCAUCCCUCCAGGACACCCAUUUGAGAGUUUUUCACUGUAGAAUAUAUAUACACACUGAGUGGUUUAAGAACAUAAACAUAUUGAAUUUAUCGUAAUCAUCCAACGUCACUCUUUGACAUCGAUUUCGCUUGACUUUCUCGAGUUUUAUCUACCCCCAGACGCAAAAACAAAAUGUCUUUGAAGCGGGAGCGUGAUGGACCGGUUCCGGUGACCGUUUUGACCGGUUUCUUGGGUUCCGGAAAGACCACGCUGUUGAACCACAUACUGAAUGACCAGACGCACGGCAUGAAAUUCGCCAUCAUCGAGAACGAGUUCGGUGAGGUCGGUGUCGAUGAGAAGAUUAUCUCCGCGGCACAAAACGUCGACGAAGAAGUGAUUGAGGUCAUGAACGGGUGCAUCUGCUGCACGGUGCGUGGCGAUCUGGUCGAAGCCUUGAAGAAGCUCUACAAAAAGGUCGAAAAGUUUGAUGGCGUGAUCAUCGAGACCACCGGUCUCGCUGAUCCGGCACCGGUCGCGCAGACCUUCUUCGUGGAUGAUACCAUUUCGGCUCUGUACAAGUUGGACGCGAUUGUCACCGUGGUGGAUGCGCAGCACGUGAUCCAGCAUUUGGACGAAGAGAAGCCGGAAGGUGUCGAGAAUGAAACUGUUGUUAUGAACAGGAGGUCCUAUGAGUGAAUAUAUGGGUAUAAGGUGUUGUAAGAAUACACAGGCAUCCUAUUGGAGUCUUCACAAAUCUGUGACACUCUACUAGACUCUAUUAGACGGAUACACAGGCAUCCUAUUGGAGUCUUCACAAAUCUGUGACACUCGAUUAGACUCUUUUUUAAAUUUUGAAGAAUCCUAGUCAACCUAUCGAAUACUACUCAGCUUCCCAAACCCAUCAACGCCUUGCUUCUAAUCCUCAACAACUUGCUUUCGCGGAUUGCGUCCUCCUGAACAAGAUCGACUUGGUUCCAGAGGAAGAAGGCCUUAAGAACGUGGAGAAGCGUAUCAAAGCCAUCAACGCCCAUGCACCGAUCUACCGAUGCCAGAACUCCGUUGUGGAUCCGAAAAAGCUUCUCAACGUUGGAGCUUUCGACCUGAAGCGUGUCCUGGAAAUGGAUCCGGAAUUUUUGGACACCGAUGGCGAACAUGAACACGACGACCGCGUCUCCAGUCACAGUGUCAAGUACUUUUUUUUGUCUUCUUGCUUUAUGCUCCUUCAUAGUAUUUUGAUGUGGGACCGAUUUGCAUCCAUUCGUUGUCAUGUGAUGAAGAGAGGUCAGCAUGAGUAUCGAUGACACAAUCGUUGAGUCCUUUCAAGAUGAUGGCAAUGAUCAUCAAGUACUUGUAGAUCAGUCAUGAUGGCCACCACGUGCGCCUGAAUCGCUGUACAUUUUUUGAAAGUUGCAAACCUGGUAUACCAGACCAGGGUGCGCUUCUAACCAGAGCACUAAUGACACUGACGACACUGGUUGCGUAAAGAGCACCGUGUAGACCGUCUCGGCUCAAACUCCUAGGACUUCCAUGAAAAGGUCUGAAACUCGUGAUUCAGUCUGCUAGUGUCCGAAUUUCUAUGAAGAAAACGCACUAUGUAUUCCAUUUCCCCAACUCUAAUCGCGCGUGCACCAGUAAACCUUGUCUAAUCGACAAUCCAAACCACCACAAAAAGGUUCGCGGGCGACUUGAACGUGAACCGCCUCCAGCGUUGGUUGGACGAGAUGAUCACCACGAAAUCCAACGACCUCUUCCGCUACAAGGGCGUCUUGAGUGUCAAAAACAUGCCAGAGAAGUUCGUCUUCCAAGGUGUGCACAUGCUCAUGGCCGCUGGCUUCUCCCGCGAAAAGGAUCUCCUCUGGAAGGAAGGCGAGACUCGCGAGUGCCGAUUGGUCUUCAUCUUAUGAAUUUGGGUCCUAUUAUUUGUGAUUCGCCAGAGAGCGUUUCUCACGAUGCAAAAUUUGAGACACAAGUUUGAUUUCUUUCUUCAUGACUGCUCUCUCCCACGAGUGUUCCGUGGCAUGGUCUAGAGCCUGAAAAGACAUCAGUUCUCUUUUAACGACUGAAAGGUAUCCCGCACUUCUCUCCUCUUUCAUAUCCUGGCCGUCUGACUGCCGAGGACAAGGCCAUGCUGACCGAGAAGGUCAUGGACUGCAAGGCUGAGGUCGACCUCCGAUUCAAGAUCGGCGACAAGGUUCAAGCGAAGACCGGUCGUAACCAGUGGGAGACCGGAACCAUCAUCUUAUGCUUCCUUGUAGUGACCUGUAGAUAGUAGAUGGAGCGUUUCUUGUCGACCAGCCUGUUCCAGAACCUUGUCACAUUUUCGACACCGAGUACAAAACUAGAUGACCACCAGCCUCAACAACCCUAAGCCCUAGCUAGGGAAGUUCUUGUGAGUCUCUUAGAAGCAUUCUUAGCACAACAGACAUCGACCUCACUGUAAUCACAAAAAUACUGUUCAUCAUUCGGCUCCUCUCGUUUUCCCCUCUCUAAUUCUCAAGAUCUGGGAUCAGGGCAACCCCUACCGCAUCCAGAUUGACGGCAGCGGCAAGAACGUCUGGGGGCCAGAGGAUCGCGAUAUCUGCGUUCGCCCGUUGGCUGAAAACGCUGGGCAGUAAGGGAGAACGCUGGAAAGAGGGAGCGUUGUGGAGAAAACGCAUCAGUAGAAAAAGGCAAUGAUGCGUUAGAAAAAGGCAAUUGUAAUCAAGGGGAGACUAUGUGUGCGUAGUCAAAUGAACAGCCUCACAGGAGAGGACUUGUCAACAGGAGUAGGUGUAGGAAGGCAAGCUACUUCUAGGCGUCCAACCUAGAUUCUAGUGUCCAACCUAAAAUGUGACUAUUAUAUUUCUUGAGUGGGUCGUGCUGUCAUCAGCACAAAUUUGACUAUUUAAUUUCUUGAGUGGGUCGUGCUGUCUUCAGCACAUAUUAAUUUCUUGAGUGGGUCGUGUUGUCUUCAGCACAAAUUUGACAGUAAAUUAUUUGAGUGGGCCGUGUUGUCUUCAGCACUUAAAAAUGCACAGGAAGCAAUACACGACUGUAACUUACUUGGAUUCUUCUUCCUUGAUUAUACUAAUACUUAAGUUUGAACACCAAACUCAAUCCUGGAAAAAUCUUCUUCUCCAAGGAGUACAAUUUGGUUGUCCUCAAGUACAAUUUAGGAUCAAGUUGUCCUCAAGAAAGUGCACACUAACAAAACAGCGUGAGUAUACACUCCAGUGUGACACCGUUGCUGCGUGUGACCUUUGAGAUCGAUGACUUAUCCAAAAGUUGCUGUAUUGGGGAAAAACUACAAGUAAGGUCUAAUGGGGAAGCCUAUCCUUCGCUUCCUGAGGGUAAUUGAGUGGUUGACAUCAAUGAUGUAAAUAUACCAUACUUUCACAUAUAACAUACGUUUUUCCUUAGCGCAAUAACAUAUUCUGCGCUUGUCAAGCAACAUAUGGAGCGGUCAUAAUUUGUCAUAACGCAUGUAGAGCUUCAUCCAUGGGAAGAUCCCUGGUACGCUCUAAGAGUUCCUAUUUAUGAAAGGCUAUAUCAAGUCCUUCAUGACUGAUAUUUGGAAUCGUCCUACACAUCAUGUAGUUUCAUCGCAUUGGAAGAGCUAUCCUUCUCCUCUAGGGGGAUGAAGAGGCUACGCUUUUCUCAAAAAAUAUUUUUCAAAAGAAACAAUUCUUCAUCAAAUUUAUUGUUGGGAAAAGAUGACAUGAUGAUGAAGAAUGCCUCCUAGAGACGAGAUGUGUACGGGUCCCGAACUGUUCCUUUUUGGUAUCCGCGGAACGACUUCCGAGGCGAAAUGAG